CCUUGACAAUGGCGCUCCGCAAGUCCUUCUCUUCUGUCAACGUUUCCAGAAAUUUGGCAAAAAAUGCUGUGGCAGCAACAUGCUCGGCGUCCACGAGGAACAACAGCUCCUGGUGGUCUGGGGUGGAGAUGGGUCCCCCAGAUGCUAUCCUUGGGGUCACAGAGGCUUUCAAGGCAGACUCUAACCCACAGAAGAUGAACCUGGGGGUGGGAGCAUAUAGAGAUGACAAUGGCAAACCCUAUGUUCUACCAACAGUCAAAAUUGCAGAGCAGAAGCUCCUAGACCAAGGACUGGACAAGGAGUAUGCUGGCAUUGGAGGUCUGCCGGACUUCUGUAAGGCUUCAGCACAGCUGGCCUUUGGGGAAGAUAGUUCCGUGGUCACCAAGGGACUGAACACAACAGUACAAGGUAUAUCAGGCACAGGAUCUCUUAGGAUAGGCGGUGCGUUUCUGAAUAAAUGGUAUCCUAAAAAGCAGGAUAUUUAUUUGCCUACUCCCUCCUGGGGAAACCAUACUCCUAUAUUCAAACAUGCUGGACUUGAGGUGAAGGCCUACAAAUACUAUGAUCCAAAGACCUGUGGUUUUGAUUUCAAGGGAGCUCUGGAUGACAUAUCAAAAAUUCCGGAAGGUUCCAUUAUAUUGCUCCAUGCCUGUGCUCACAAUCCAACAGGUGUGGAUCCCAAGCCAGAGCAGUGGAAGGAAAUUAGCAGUAUUGUCAAACAGAGGAAACUCUUCCCAUUUUUCGACAUGGCUUAUCAAGGAUUUGCCAGCGGAGACAUCAGCAAGGAUGCCUUUGCACUCCGCUAUUUUAUCGAAGAUGGUCAUCAGGUGGCAUUGGCACAGUCCUAUGCCAAGAAUAUGGGUCUUUAUGGUGAGAGGGCAGGAGCAUUCACCAUUGUGUGCUCAUCCCCGGAGGAGGCGCAGCGUGUCAUGUCCCAGGUGAAGAUCCUUAUCCGACCCAUGUACUCCAACCCCCCCAUCCAUGGGGCGAGACUGGUCUCUACCAUACUCAACACACCAGAGCUCAGAUCACAGUGGCUGGUGGAGGUGAAGGGAAUGGCAGACCGCAUCAUCAGUAUGAGAGAGAAACUUAAGUCAGGGCUGCAGAAGGCAGGUUCCAGCCACAACUGGCAGCACAUCACCGAUCAGAUAGGCAUGUUCUGCUUCACGGGAUUAAAACCCGACCAGGUGGAGAAAUUAACGAAGGAGUUUUCCGUGUACCUGACUAAAGAUGGCAGGAUAUCCAUGGCUGGUAUUAGCUCUUCCAAUGUAGACUAUCUGGCCCAGGCUAUCCAUGCUGUGACCAAGUAAUCCAGCAUUGUACAGGGUUGUUGUCUGUACCAGUAUAUAGAGUGCUGUCUCCUUCAGAAUGCUGUGAUUGCUGUAUAGAAAUCUGUUAACAUACAUGUACAUCCCAGACUUAAACUAGGUAUUAUCCAGGCUUACUCUCCUUAAAUUUGUUGAAAAAAAUUUCAUGACUUUUCUCAUGACUGAUGUCACCCGAUAGUAUCCUGACCAAAUAUGUUAAGGCUAAGAGUUCAUCAAAUAUGUUAAGGCUAAGAGUUCAUCAAAUAUGUUAAGGCCACGGGGAGAUUUUAAUGCAUUUCUUAGAAAGUUAUACCCCAUGUUUCUUGUGGAUGUGAUACCAUUGAGAGCAGUCUCCCACUUGAGAAAAAAAUAUCUCUCUGUUGAGGUAUUGGCAUGCAAAUUAUUUAGGUGUAGUUAAUGAUGCCAGGUAGUGCUCACAUUAACAUGAGGCAUUGUUAGCAUUUCCUCUAUUCUCAUUAAUUAUUGCCUAUUGUUUGUGUAGCUAGGAAGUUACCUAUCAGACAAUUGCCUCACCACUCCUGUUUAUGCCUCCCCACUCCUAUUUCAUGCCUGGAGGCAUUUGUUGCAUAUUUAAGUGAGAGAUUUUUUCCUGUAUGUAAGCUAUAGCAGUAAGAAAAAAUUUCACUUUCUAAUGUUAGAGCUUUUUUACUUAGUGCAUACAUACAUGAUUGACAGGAAAUUCCCUGUUCGACUUUGCAAGUGUUCUGUACCUUAAUUACCUAGCCUAAGGUAAGUUGUUAGUUUUUAUGUAGCUUUUUAUUUUUAUCUUAAAGAAGUAAAACUAAAAGGAACAAUUUUAUAUCAGUAUUCUCACUUCCCAGUUACCAUACCAAAACGUAAUAAGGUAGUGAAGCCAGUUAUGUUGAUCAACUUGAUGAAAGAUUUCUCAUCACAAAUAACCAAUAAACUUUUGCGGUCAAACAUGUCAUUUGCAUAAAUUACAUUUUGUGACAAAUAGUGCUAUUUCCAAACAUGAAAGUUCGCAUGAAUAUUUUUGAGAUAAAAAUUAAAAAUUAUAUGCUUAGUGGAAUGAACACUGUGUAUGAUUGUUGAAAUUUCUACGCAUGUUUUUAAGAAAUUGAUACUUGUAAAAGGAUGCUGUAUUUACAGUGAAAGACCAAAGUAAGAUUUGAACGUUUCAUGUUCUCUGAUGUUGAAAGUUUUAGUACAUUCAGUUGAAAAUAAAGAUACAUAAAUAUUUGAUAUGCUGGGUAAUUAGGCGGUUACAAAGUUUGUGGGGUUUAAAAUGAGUAACCUUAUUACUAAGUAAUGAUCCCUUACUGUGUGAUUUGGUGCAUUGUUUCAUGAAGAACAGCUUGUCAUAUGUAUGCUUAAAUUGUAAAAACGUCAACUUAGAGAGUUCCUCAACUACUUAAGCAGGGCAAAUAAUCAAUUGCUGGUGUGUGUUAAUGUCUUUAUGGUAAGUAAUAGAUGGGUUGUCUUUUUACUUUUUUUCAAAAUGUUUCGAUCACUCUGCAAGAUUGAGUAUGGUCAAAGUUUGCAGCCACUGAUUUAGUCUUAGAUUCCAUACCACUGCACCACAGUAAACUUAGCUCUUUUAAGUGAAUGUUAGACAGUAUGUACAAACAAUGUAUUACAUUGAUGAAGAAUUUUUGAGCUGGCUCUCCUUCGGUGUAUGUAUAGUGUGGUUUGUACACUCACGUGAAUAAUCACGACUGAUUUAUUGCGGUUGAUUGGGUGGUACAUUUGCCUGAGUUGUGAUCUAAAACUGAUAUACCUGGUCAGAAUAAUAUAAUCGUGCUCUCAAUUGAUCUGUUAAUAUUAGGGACAUUAGUUGAUCGUUUGAUAUAAUUGAUCACAUCCGAUAAGUGUAUUGUCGUAUAUCAGUGAUAUCAAUUAGUCACAUUGACGAUAUGUGUUCGUUGAAGCAUGGACAAACUGGAUGAAAAGACUGUGAAAAAGAAGACAAAAAAUGAGUAAAGUUUGUCAGCUGCUGACCUAGUUAGCUGAUGUGUUACUGUAUCGAAAGAUUUCAGCAGCGUUAUGUAUGUAUGUGUGUAUCCGAUGGGCAAUGUGAUCUUACUAAAAUAAACAAAUUUUAGAGAUUUUAACAUUUUGUUUUGUGUCGGAAAGGGUUAUGUUGGGAGUUACCGUAUGUAAACAAGUGAUGCUGUCAGUGAUUAUGAUUCUGUGGAACAGAUAACUUGAUUAUACAGUUUGUGAAUGAGAAUGAACAGGAGGUUGUGGAAAAAAAUUAUGGCGUUUGUGUUG